CACGUGGUGAUAAGAGACUAAGAGUUAAAUUUUGAAGAAGAGAUAGGCUCAGCGCUGUUCCCAUUGGAUUAUCUCGGCCCAUCUCCUAUUGACUGCUAUGAGUUACGCCAAGAAAGACACUCAACUAAGGGAGGAGUCUCCUAUACACAAGAUUAGGAUUACACUUACCAGCAGAAAUGUCAAGAGUCUUGAGAAAGUUUGUAAUGAUUUGAUACGAAGAGCCAAGGACACAAAGCUCCCAAAAGUGAAAGGACCGAUCCGUAUGCCAACCAAGACCUUACGUAUCACCUGUCGCAAGACCCCCUGUGGAGAGGGGAGCAAAACUUGGGACCGUUUUGAGAUGAGGAUACACAAACGUGUCAUUGAUUUGCACAGUGCUGCUGAGACAGUGAAGCAGAUUACAUCAAUCUCCAUCGAGCCAGGAGUUGAAGUUGAAGUCACCAUUGCCAAUUCAUAAUUUAUUCUGCUUUGAAUGGACUCAAAAUGGUUGAAUUAAUUUCAAUAGAAAACUAAUAAAUAAAAAUUAUUAUUUUUAUUGAUCAUUAACAUUAAGCGUUACCCUUGACAACAUGA